UAAGUGAGCGGAGAGCUACCAUUUUGAAUAGUUCCGAGAACCACUGUGCUUCACUGUUGCACGUCCCAUUCACAAGCAUCAUGAAAUUACUGAUUGUACUAUCAGCAGUGUUGGCCCUCUCAGCGGCUGUACCUCAAAGAAAGCUAUCUCUUAAACCAGAAGGCCAAGACGACCAACAGACCGCCGAACAAAACUACAACAAGUACCAACAAGGCGACUACAGGCCCCAACAAGCACAGGAAUUCAGGAAACCAGUUGAAGAUUUCCGGCCCCGUGUUGAACUUGACACCACAACAUACAUCCCAAUCAUUCACUUCGACAAGGAACAAGCUAACGAUGGCAGUUAUAAAACAUCGUACGAAACUGGAAACAAUAUCCACGCUCAAGAGCAAGGCUACCUGAAGAAUGUAAACACUGACAAUGAAGACAUACCAGCUCUUGUCCAGCAAGGUUCCUACUCCUACACCGCACCUGAUGGUCAAAUCAUCACCGCAGAGUACACAGCUGAUGAGUUCGGAUUCAGGGUCAAGGGUGACCAUAUCCCAACUCCUCCUCCAGUCUCCCCUGAAAUCCAAAAGGGACUUGAUCUGAUUUACGCUGGAAUCAAGGCCAACCAGGAGCGCGCCGCUUUGGACGCUAAGAACAACCCAGCAGCUGCUAAACUCAACGAGGAACAGGCUUCCCUUAACUACAGAGGACAGUACUACCAACAAUAGAAUGGACCUUCCAGUGAAUAUCACAUCCACACCUAUGCUCUAUGAGCAUUAAAGUCAAUCAGUGUUAAUAGUAAAAUCAGUACUUUCGUGAAAUACAGUUCUUUGUGAUACUUUAUAUAGUGCUAAGUAUACCGUUAAUUAUUUUUAAGGUAUGCGGUUUUCCAAUCGCAUGAUUUUUAUAUUGCGGCUCGUGUGUAUUGGAAAAUUCGUCCCUCUAGUUAUUUAUCACUGCCCAUAUUAGAUUUAUGUGAAAACCGUGAAUUCUUCAACGAAAUAACUCAAUUUAAGAACUAGAGUUUAAGAUUUUGUAUUUUUGUACAUAUAUAAUGAAUAAAUGUUGAAUAAUUUUA